GUACAACAUGCAACCCUGUAGCAAAGCAAAUUUGUAAAGGCAGAAAAAAUUAAAAAAGCAGUCGUCAAAAUUGGUUGCAAUGAAAAGAUAAGUUAGUCAGCAUUAAAGAUAUCAUUAAUAUUUUAAGCAGACUACUUAGACGCUGUCAAUAUGUUGUUGUUGGUGCUGUUCCACUAAAUUAAAAGGUAUAAAAUCGAUUUUGUACUCAGGCAAAAGCGAAGUGGUGUACUUAUUUUUGGAACAGUAAAGGUACGACGAGUAGCUGCGUCGGAAAGCAAUUGUGUGCGGCAUUGGUCCUAUUAACACCUCUGUGUAGCAAUGGAUAAAGGUGAUCACAUUUCGGUAACAUUGUCCGGUGUCGGUGUGAACGACACGGAAGAAGACAGUCUCACUACGAAACAACCACAACGACGUAGUUUGCGACGGUCUUGGAAUCAAUUGCCCCGAUGCCAGCGCAACCUUAUCAUUUUAGCAGUGCUGGCGCUAUGCUUAACUUUGGUCUUAGUAUUAUACAAUGACCAAAUCGAUGCGGAGCAUAACAGAGUAAUUGGCAACAACGGCGGAGCUUUCUUAUUUCGCGAAAAUCGCGAAGUGGCAAACAGUGAAAGCUUAGUGCAAAAUGGGCUAAGCAACGGUAUGAACGCGCUGGAUGCGGGAAAUCUUAAUAAUCUGAAAAAACCGUUGCCGAAUAUUGGACCACCACCGCUGUCAUUCACAAAUGACAAUGCGCCGGUAUUUAAGGACGUAAAGGUGAUCGACACACCCAACCUCAAUAAGAAAAGCGACGAUAACCUGCAACAUGCGGGAGAAGGUCCGAAGGAGAGCUUAUUACAAGGUCCUUUAGUCGAAUUUCCUAACAAAAUAAGCAUACAAGAAAAUAAUGACAAUCGUAUUGACGAACCCGCCGUUGAAGCACAAUCUGGCGGUGGUGAUGACGAUGAUCGUGUGGCUUUGGAAGCAGCGGUAGUAAACCCGCGGGUGGUGCCAGGCACCAACAAUAUUUUAAUUACAGAUUAUAUCAAUAAUAUGGAUGCUAAGUUGGUAGCGCAAAAACAGCAUUUCCAUGGUGCAACAAAUGAACGGCAAACUGCCGUUGUAGCCGCUUUUAGGCAUUCAUGGAAUGGCUAUAAAAAAUACGCUUGGGGUCAUGACAAUCUAAAACCGUUGUCGCAGAGCUCACACGAUUGGUUCGGUUUGGGUUUGACCAUUGUGGACUCAUUGGACACCAUGUACAUAAUGGGUUUGGAGGAUGAAUUCAAUGAGGGUCGCGAGUGGGUCAGCAAUUUCUUGACAUUUGAUAUCAAUCGUGAUGUGAAUCUCUUCGAGGUGACAAUACGUGUCUUGGGUGGUUUGCUCUCGGCUUAUCAUCUGAGCGGCGAUAAAAUGUUUCUGAGCAAGUCGAUCGAAUUGGGCAAUCGCAUGCUGCCAUGCUUCCUCUCCCCCUCGGGCAUACCAUAUUCGGAUGUAAAUCUUGCCUCAAUGUCAGCGCAUUCACCCAAAUGGUCGCCGGACAGUUCAACUAGCGAGGUUAGCACAAUACAAUUGGAAUUCCGCGAUCUCAGUCGUUCGACUAACAUAUCGAUUUACGAAAAAGUAACGCAUGCAGUUAAUAAGAAAGUGCAUGCUUUGGAGAAAACUAACGGUCUUGUGCCGAUAUUUAUAAAUGCCAACACCGGCACAUUCAGAAAUUACGCCACAAUCUCACUGGGCGCACGUGGUGACUCCUAUUAUGAGUAUCUGCUAAAGCAGUGGCUACAGACCGGGCGGAAAACCGACGAUUUCCUCAUUGUGGACUAUAUGCGCGCCAUUGACGGUGUGCUCACGAAGCUGUUGCGUCGUACGCCCAAAGAGCAGCACGUCUACAUUGGCGAAUUGAUUAAUGGCAAAGAUUUCAAGCCUAAAAUGGAUCAUCUCACGUGCUAUCUGCCCGGCACACUGUUGCUGGGCCACAAAUUCGGCAUGCCCACCUCACAUUUGUUGCUCGCACGUGAUCUGCUCGAAACCUGCUAUCAAACGUACAUGCGUCAGCCGACUCAGCUGGCGCCCGAAAUAUCCUACUUCGCGCUCACCACCAAUGAAGAGCAGGAGAUUUACGUGAAACCCAAUGAUGCGCACAAUCUACUACGUCCCGAAUUCGUAGAAAGUUUAUAUUAUUUCUAUGCCUUAACCGGCAAUCGCACCUACCAGGAUAUGGGCUGGAAUAUAUUCCAAGCAUUUGAGAAGCACACCAAAGUGGCCUACGGUUACACGUCCAUUGGCAAUGUGAAGCAUAUAUUCAAUACAAGACUGCGUGAUAUGAUGGAGAGCUUUUGGUUGGGUGAAACGCUUAAGUAUUUCUAUCUAUUAUUUAGCGAUAAUCGCAAAGAGAUCGAUUUAGAUAAAUGGGUAAUCAAUUCCGAGGCACAUUUGGUGCCCUUGCGGAAUCAUUAAGUUCGUGCUGUUGCUUGCAUGUGGGUACGCGUGCGUGCAUGUGUGUGUGUAUGUGAAACGUUUGUACGUAACCAUGACUAUUUUAAAGCGAAUCGAAAUGAGUUGACACAACUCGCAUUGUAAAUAUUUACAACAACCAUUACUUAUACAACACUAGCAUGCAAUCAAAUUUGUCGCAUAACAACUACUUUACAUAUUUAUAUAAAUGUAUGCUUGUAUGCCAACGAUAUUAUUUAUUACUAUUUUUAAAUAAUUUAUAAAGUGAACUAACUGAAAAAAAUGUGAACGACUAGCGAAGAAAAUGCGCACGAUCUCCGUUAGUUCUUAAUUAUGAAAUAAUUAAAUAAUUAGAAGAAUACCAAAAGAGAAGCGUUGCUCUUAUAUUAGAACCAGAUUGUCACAGACCGCAAAAUAUGCAUCUACGCUCGCCGCACUCGCCGUGAGAGAAAGUUU